UUGAUAUAUGUUGCUAUAUACGUUGGUGAUCGGUAACGUUUGCCCACGUUGGGACAACAGACCAUCUAUAAGUCGAAAGAUGUGACGACGACGACUCAGAGCGGUUAACUUUACGUUCUGUCUGAUGCUUUAGUUAAGACUUUGAUUAAUUAUUAAUGAAGUUAGCCAUGCUGUCAAGCAAAACACCUUUCCUCAUCCAGAAACCGGCUCAUUUAUAUCGGAGACUUCUAAGGGACAUUAAGAAGCUUCCCAAAGAAAGUCAAUCACAUUAUAAACAUCAUGUAAGACAGGGAUUUAACAGCCAUGCAGAUGAAACUGAUCCUAGCCGAAUAAGUCAAAUAAUGUCCAGAGCACUUGAUGAUAUGGACUGGCUUAUUAAAAAGUACAGCAAAUAACAUGAACACUGAGAGACACUGAAAUGAAGCUUAUUAAAUGUUUAAACCCAAGAUCAUCUCUGAUCAAGAAAACCUUUUCACGAACAUUUAUAAGAAAUGGUGUUAUAAAUAUUGUAAAUUUAAUUUAUUAACAUUAAAAAAGAAA